AUGCUAAAAAGACUGUUUAGCCAUACAGCGAAAGUAUUCGUUGAUAAGAACACCACAGUAAUUUGCCAAGGCAUAACAGGUGCUCAAGGGACUUUCCACACAACUAAAGCAAUUGAAUAUGGUACCCAUGUUGUCGGUGGGGUGACUCCAGGCAAAGGUGGCAAAAUCCACUUAGGAGUCCCUGUUUUCAACACAGUAAAAGAAGCCAAACAAGCUGUAAAUCCAUGGGCAAGCUCUAUAUACGUCCCUCCUUCUUUCGCAGCCCAAGCAAUCUUAGAUUGUAUCGAAGAAGAAAUUCCUUUAAUUGUCACUAUCACUGAAGGAAUUCCCCAACACGACAUGGUUCGUGUCAAAGACGCUUUAAAAUCAAGCAAAAGCAGACUUAUAGGGCCAAAUUGUCCAGGAGUCAUUAAACCAGGAGAAUGUAAAAUCGGAAUUAUGCCUGGCUAUAUCCAUACUCCGGGAAAAGUCGGAAUUAUCAGCAGAUCAGGGACUUUGACUUAUGAAGCAGUUGACCAAACCACAAAAGAAGGCCUAGGACAGUCCACUGUUGUUGGAAUUGGAGGAGAUCCAUUUAAAGGCUCUGACUUUAUUGAUGUUUUGGAAAUGUUCAUAAAUGACCCAGAAACUGAAUCUAUUGUAUUGAUAGGAGAAAUCGGAGGCACAGGAGAAGAAGAUGCGGCUGCUUGGCUGAAAACAUAUAAUGUUCAGAAAAAGCCUGUCGUUUCGUUUAUUGCAGGAAUUAGUGCACCGCCUGGAAAAAGAAUGGGACAUGCUGGAGCUAUCAUAUCAGGAGGCAAAGGAGGAGCUGAGUCUAAAAUCAAAGCGCUAGAGGAUGCUGGGGUUGUGGUGACCAGAUCACCUGCACAAAUAGGGAAAACGAUGAAAAAGCUAAUGCAGGAAAGGGGAUUAGUAGAUUAA